UGCUACCUACUGCGCAUGUGUGAAACCACCUUACUACGGAGGCCCGCAAGGACAGCGCGCUGUUCGGAUACGUAUGUGAAGGGUUAAACUGGAACCAGAGGUCCAAGAAACCAAAGUCCAGGAACUGAGUUGGAGUCCCACUCAUCCACCCACGGUCAGUGGGAGCUGACCAUGGAGGACACGGGGUUCAUCUGAGAGGUCCUGACCGGGACACGCGAUCAUUUCCUUUAAAUCCACGCGACCUCUAGAAGAAUGGGCAGCCGGAAAAAUGGCUUCACGAAGGAAAGCUUUAUUUUAUCUGUGGACGUCGGAACGACGUCAAUCAGGUGCCAUGUGUACGAUAAGGAGGCGAACAUCCGAGGAUCCUGCACCAGCGAGGUCGUCCCGCUGUAUCCGGAGGCGGGACAUGUGGAGAUGGACCCGGAGGCGUUGUGGAAGGGCUUUAUCGCCGUGGUCAAAGGAGCAGUGCAAGACGCUGGGGUGAAGAUGUGUCAGAUGGAGGCCCUGGGCAUCUCCACUCAGAGAGCCACCUUCACCACCUGGGACAGGAGAACCGGGGUUCCUUUUCACAACUUCAUCAGCUGGCAGGACCAACGGGCUGCAGAGCUGGUCAAGUCUUGGAACAGAUCCUGCACCAUGAAGAUAAUCCAUGGCGUGAUGAAGGUGGGCUACUUCCUGACGCGGGACAAACGAUCCCUAGCAGCGAGCCUCAUCGUCUUCUCAACUCAGCACGUCACCUUUCGCCUGGUCUGGGUGCUGGCCCACUACCGGCAGGUCCAGCAGGCGAUCGCAGACGGAAACUGCUGCUUUGGGACCAUAGACACCUGGCUCGUGUUCAAACUCACCAAAGGACGUGUGCACGCCACAGACUACUCCAACGCCAGUUCCACUGGGAUCUUUGACUCCUAUCAGAUGUGCUGGAGUGGAUUCCUCUCCUCUCUUGUCUCUCUGCCCCUCUCAAUUUUCCCACGAGUAGAAAACACGGGCCAUAACUUCGGCUCCACGGAUCCGUCCGUCCUCGGAGUGUCCGUUCCCAUCAUGUCUGUGAUGGCUGACCAGCAGGCGGCCAUGUUUGGAGAGUGCUGCUUUGAUGUCGGCGACGUUAAGAUCACCAUGGGAACCGGCACCUUCAUGGACAUCAACACUGGGAGCAAACCGCACACGUCUGUGGCAGGUCUGUACCCGCUGGUGGGUUGGAAGAUCGACUCGGACGUGGUGUACCUGGCGGAGGGGAACGCAGCAGACACGGGAACAGCCAUCAAAUGGGCCCAGGAGCUCGAGCUCUUCUCAGACGUCAGCCAGACCAGCGACAUGGCGUACAGCGUGGACCAUUCGGACGGAGUCUGCUUCGUUCCGUCGUUCAGCGGCCUGCAGGCGCCUCUGAACGACCCCAGAGCGUGCGCCUCCCUCAUGGGCCUCAAGCCGUCUACAACCAAAAGCCAUCUGGUCCGAGCCAUCCUGGAGUCGGUGGCCUUCAGAAACAAGCAGCUGUAUGAGACGAUGCUGAGAGAAACCCACAUUCCCAUCUCAAAGAUCCGGGUGGAUGGAGGCGUUUCCUCCAACGACUUCGUCCUGCAGCUGACGGCGGACCUGUUCGGCAGGAAGGUGGUGAGGCCCCAGCACCGGGAGAUGUCUUCUCUGGGGGCGGCGUUUGUCGCAGGCCUCACCGUGGGGUUCUGGGCGACCCGAGAAGAACUGAAGAAGCUGCAGAGCGCUGAUAAGGUGUUCCUGCCUAAAGGCGUCUCUAAAGGCGGCGGCGCCGGACCGGAUCAGGAAUACAUCCCUGUCCUCCAGAGCUGGGAGAGAGCCCUGAGGCGCUCCAUGAACUGGUACAAGCCCUGACUGGAUACAGGUGCAGGAGGUCCAGGUGCAGCGUGAACGGAGUCAAACGCAGAGCCGCCCGCUGAAGUGUGCGAGUCGUGUUCCGUGUGGGCGACGCCGUACUGAGAGUUUCUGGUGAGGAGGAUCUGUUGGAGGCGUAAAAUGGAUCCAAAGUGUCCACAGAUCCAGUUUUUUUGGUUUGGACCUAUAGCGUGAAUUUUGUUCCAUUAUUGUUGCAUUAUAUAGCUAGGCACCUGUUUUACAAAUGGAAAUAUGGAAAAAAAUGCAAUCCAGAAAUUCAACUUUGAAACAUCUUUGGAGAAAAAAAUCUAUUCAGUUUAUUUCUAUAACUCCAAUUCACAUCAUAUCAUCUCAAGGCACUUUGCAGUUCAC